CCCCUUGGGGAACCUCCCUCCAGGAACUCAAAGGGAGAGCCUUAUUUGAACAUGCUAGCAGAAGAGACAGUCUCAAAAGAGAACCUUGAAGGAAGACCCUCAGGGGAGCCCCUCCAUGUGCAGCCUCCACCAGAGGAGCCCCCUCCCGAGGGCCCCCUCUCCAAGCUGCCCCCGCCCUUGCACACCCUUUAUGUGAGCCACUUGAACCCACAGUUCUCAGGGGCAGUACUCUCCUGCUUGCUUCGGGACAUGUUUGAGCGUCUGCACCUGCCACUGGAGCGGGAGGCCAUCAGGGUGGUAAAGAAGCAUCGUCGUGCUCAUGCCCUGAUACAGGUGCCUACUUCGAUAGCUUCCAGUACUGUGGCCCAGCAGCUACAGCAGGCUGCCGAGGAACAUGUGCUUCUGAAAGAUCUUGUAGCAAGGGGCAAGAUGCUGGCAGUGAGCGAGGGCCCACGGAUCCUCUUCAGCAGAGAGCCCACAGAUGAUGGCAGCACCCACAGCCACAACUAUGCCUCCCGACCAGUCCCAUCCCGGCCCAGCCCCAGCCUCUCGUCAGACUGGCCACCCGCCACCACAGCCUUCACCCCACCUUGCGGGGGCUUCCAACCCCACUCUCCAAGCUUGCCCUGUGCUGCUCGCUCAGACAGUGCCAUUGUAAACCAAGAGAUUGUGGGGCAGGAGAAGCUCUUCUAUGGCGCCUUCCUAGGCAACGAAACACGCAACGUGGAGUUCAAACGCGGGGGCGGGCAAUACCUGGACCUGGCCCUGAAGCAUCACGUCCGCCGCUAUGUCUGUGCCUUCCUCAACAGCGAGGGUGGCAGCCUCUUUGUGGGCGUCGAGGACAGCGGGCUCGUGCGGGGCAUCCACUGUGGCCACCGUGAUGAGGACCGAGUGCGACUGCUGGUGGACUCCAUCCUGCAGGGAUUUAAACCCCAGGUGUUUCCCGAUGCCUAUACCCUCACCUUUAUUCCCGUGGUAAAGGCAGGGAGCAGCAACAUGGACCUGCUGAAGGUGAUCCGCCUCAGUGUGUACGGGCCCAGGGCCCUCGCGGAGCCGCUGCUCUACGAGACGGACCUGGGGGAAGUGUACCUGCGGCGCGAUGGCAGCAUCCAGGGCCCGCUUUCUGGCAGUGCCAUUCAGGAGUGGUGCAGGCAGAAAUGGAUCGCUGAGCUGCACAAGCUGCAGAACAAGGUCAGUCUCCUGACCCUGGAGAAGGAGACUCUCCAGCAGCAGCUGAAUCGGGGCCUGUGCCGGCAGCUGUGCCAGCCCUCCUCCUGCAUCUGCAGCAUCAUGUGACGGGCCCGGGACCGGCCUGGCGCUCACUAUCCACCCCCAGAGGGCAUCGUGCGUCUCUUUGGAUCCCUGCUCAGCCCCUCAGCGGGCGGCCCCUAGGCAGGCUCCCCGUGCCCCUCCCGAUGGUGGUCAGCUGUUUGAAACCAGCGCCGGGCAGGCCGGGCAGGCCGCGCAGGGCAGGACAGGACAGGUGGGGGGCGUGCAGAGGUCACUUAUAAAUGACUCAUUAUCCAUCCUCCACUUCAGGGGAAACUUCUCCCAGCCUCAGCUCUGAGAAAGCUGGCACUGCCUGCCAAUUUUCCUUCAUCUUCAAGCAACAACAUCGGCAUCCCGGAGCCCCCUGAGGGAGGAAGCUAGGAAGCUCACGAAAAGCAUAGGUUUGUCCAGGAAGCGCCUAUGUUCUCGCACGACGGCCCCGCUAGCCUGCUCCCUACACAGGCCUGCUAGGAAUUGUUCUUCACAAAGCUCUUUAAUAAAGUCAGUCAUAUCUGGGCCAGCAA